GAAUGUUUCAUCAUUUUGAGAUAUUGGCUAGGCAUCAAUGCUUUGGAGGAAAAGAAUUAUUGCAAUAGCCUCAGAGUACCCUGAUGUUGAACUUUCACACAUGUAUGUCGAUAAUGCUGCAAUGCAGCUUGUUCGUAAUCCAAAGCAGUUUGAUACGAUUGUAACGAACAACAUUUUUGGUGAUAUCUUAUCGGAUGAGGCUUCAAUGAUUACUGGAAGCAUUGGGAUGCUUCCAUCUGCUAGUCUUGGAGAAUUGGGACCUGGACUCUUUGAACCCAUACAUGGUUCUGCUCCUGAUAUUGCUGGACAGGAUAAAGCAAAUCCCCUGGCAACAGUGCUAAGUGCCGCAAUGCUUUUAAAGUAUGGCCUAGGAGAAGAGAAGGCUGCCCAAAGAAUUGAGACUGCAGUGCUGUAUACUUUAAAUAGAGGGUUUCGUACGGGUGACAUACACUCGGCAGGAAAUAAAUUAGUAGGAUGCAAGGAGAUGGGCGAAGAAGUAUUGAAGUCCAUAGAUCCUAAAAUUUUUGCUGCCAGUUGAGUUCAGAGAAAUAAGAGGCACGGUCCCUUCAGUAUUUGUGUUAUCCAAGUGGAUCUCCAGAGAGGGAUAGAUAUUCAUGGAGCUCAACAGGAAGACAAUUUUCUUGGGUCUCAGUUUCACAAUGAAUUCGGGUCGAUUUGAUUCGGACCUUGUGCACUAUUACCCAGUUUUCGACUUCCAUGUUGUUUUUUUAGGCCCCUUUACAUUUUAAUUUACCUUAUUAAUUUGCUUAGGAAUUGAUUUCUUGGCCAGCAUUUUAGAUUGUUGUAUUUUAUCUGAAACUUUGUAUGAUUAUUAGUUAUUGUCUG